GGUGGCUGGGACCGUUAGCUCGCCAGGCUGGCAGGCUCCGGGCCGCGGCGCCACCGGCGGACGCGAUGGAGACGAUGCGAGCGCAGCGGCUGCAGCCCGGGGUGGGCACCGGCGGGAGGGGCACUCUGCGAGCGCUUCGGCCCGGAGUGACCGGGGCCGCGGCGGCCACCGCCACACCCCCCGCGGGCCCCCCGCCCGCGCCGCCGCCCCCCGCGCCGCCCCCGCCGCCCCUGCUCCUGUCGGGGGCCCCCGGGCUGCCGCUGCCCCCCGGCUCCGCCGGCAGCCCCGCGGUGCUGCGGGAGGCGGUGGAGGCCGUGGUGAGGAGCUUCGCCAAGCACACGCAGGGCUAUGGCCGAGUGAACGUGGUGGAGGCGCUGCAGGAAUUCUGGCAGAUGAAGCAGUCCCGCGGGGCAGACUUGAAGAACGGGGCUCUGGUGGUUUACGAGAUGGUCCCCUCCAACAGCCCUCCUUAUGUCUGCUACGUCACUCUGCCGGGAGGAAGCUGCUUCGGGAGUUUCCAGUUUUGCCCCACAAAAGCUGAGGCCCGGCGGAGUGCGGCAAAGAUCGCACUGAUGAAUUCUGUGUUUAAUGAACAUCCUUCCCGAAGAAUCACUGAUGAGUUCAUUGAGAAGAGCGUCUCUGAGGCCCUGGCAUCUUUCAAUGGCAACAGGGAGGAGGCUGACAACCCAAAUACAGGGAUUGGUGCCUUCCGAUUCAUGUUGGAAUCCAAUAAGGGCAAGUCAAUGUUGGAGUUCCAGGAACUAAUGACGGUUUUUCAAUUGCUGCACUGGAAUGGCAGCCUCAAGGCCAUGAGGGAAAGACAGUGUUCUCGGCAGGAGGUGUUGGCUCAUUAUUCACACCGGGCCCUGGAUGAUGAUAUUCGCCAUCAGAUGGCAUUGGACUGGGUGAGCCGGGAGCAGAGUGUGCCGGGGGCGCUGUCGAGAGAGCUGGCGGCUACUGAGCGUGAGCUGGACGAGGCCCGGCUGGCGGGCAAGGAGCUGCGCUUCCACAAGGAGAAGAAGGAUAUUCUCCUGCUGGCUGCUGGGCAGCUGGGCAACAUGCAUUCCUCCAACUGCUAGGCGCCUGCGCACACACUCCCCACCCUCUCCGGGCUCUUUCCGAUCAUGUCUUUUCUAAGACUUCGUGUGGUUUCUGUACAUACUUCCUCAAUUUUAUACUUUAAAAUAUAGAGAGAGAUAUAUAUGUAUAUGUAUAAAUGCUACACUCGGAUUCGGAUUUGCUGGGAGACCCCUUUCCUUCUAGUUUUUAGAUGUCGUUUCAUCAGAAACCUCGCCAUUCCGCCGUGUGAAAGGAGCAGGUGGGCUUCCGGGCUUUGCUGGCUCUCACACUCCCAGCUCUGGGUAGUCAUUUCAGUAGCACAAAAUGGUUGACAAAGUGUUCUUAUAACCUAACAGGGAGUUUGAAUAGGGACCGUAUGCUCCGCCAUCACCCUCUUUCCUGCUUUCUCUUGGACUCCAAACAGGGUACGAGCGUGAAGGCUUUGGCUUUAGUCUGUCUUGAGUUCGGCCUACUUAGUACUGAUCUGUUCUGGUAACUAGAUAUUUCCUUGCCUAGACUCCCCCCCACCCCAUCCCCCGGCCACUUCCCCCCAGCACCAUACUCCUCCUCGGCCUCCAAGCGGAACUUCAUGUUGAGGCUUCCUUUAUUAUUUGGAAGGAGGUGGACAUCUGCCUUCUUAUUGUUAAAAUUAUUCCUGAGACACUUCUCAGGAGGAAGAAGGAAUUAUAAACACAGAAGUAGGUGUUUAUUGUCUAAAUUGCUUCUGGGGCGUAGAUACCGUACCUUGCUGGUAAUCCAGCUUUCCGGAUGUAUUCUGGCUCCAGAAGGGGUCAGCGUUGAAGCCUCUUAUCUUCCCAAAUUCCCUCUUCACUCCUCCUCCCCUGCUCGCCCAGCUUCACUGAGCCCGGCGUUUAAACCCUCCUGCCUGCAGAAAAUGGUAGAAGGGAACACAUAUUUCCCAACUCUCUCUCUUCCCUUCCUCUGGCUCUUUGGAAACGUUAUUUGUCUUGUUUGGUGAGGGCCAUGUUCCUCUCUCUCCCACCAAGCUGCUGCUGUUUGCGACCUUAGAUGUCCAUAGAUUCACAGUUGUUUUCUCUCUUUCCUUUCCUCUUUCUCCAUGUUGGUUAUUAGAGCAGGAGUUGAUCAAGAAAAUUAGAUGAGACUGGCGUUAUGGCACCUCCUAACUGGAACCUUGGGAGACCGUAGGAAGGAAAAGAGACUAAAUGAUCGACUAUUUGUGUUUUUAACUCUCCCCCUCCCACCCCAAGUCUCCCUCCUGGGUGAAAUAGGAGAGAAAUGAUCUGGGGUACAGCUAAAGCAUUCCUCUUUGGGAGAAUUUUUUGUAGGGCUCUCAAAGCUGUACUUUCCCCUUUGUUUCUAUAAACUCCUUUAUACUCUAUUAUAGUUCAGUGCACUUUCUAAAAUGUGCUUGGGAAGUUUCCUGUUUCUGCAAGAUUGGACUUUCCAUUCUGUGAGUAUACACUUUAUUUUUAGAAAUAGGUUAGGAAAUAGGCCACAAUUUGCUCUUUUGGAUCAGAUAGGGAUAAGAUGAAACUCAGCUGUUUUGCUUUUGAAAUCAUCGUGGUGAUCAGUACGUAUGGGAUCAGUGGUAAGGAAUCGAGCAACUGUUUUAGUGCUUGAAAGGGACCUCUGGGAAUUCUCCAAGCCGCAUCUCUGUAUACUACAAGCACAUGUAGGGUUGGCAUAGAGGCCCUAACAUAGUAUUUACCUAUGUGAAAUAACAGGUAUGUCUAUCCAGUUUUUAUUGAUAUUUAUAAUCCAGAAAUCAUAAGCCCUCCUUUCUCCUAUGCUCCUUUCUCUGGGAAGUGUGAAGGGGUGUGAGUUGUGGGAAGAACUUAUCCUUGCACCUCCUGGAUUAUUGUUUUCAAAUAACAACCAGUAAGAUCCCAAAGAACUGGAGAAAAAUUGUUCCCUGAUCUGUCCAUUUUCAUUGUUACAGAUUUCACUUAUCUUUUUACUACUUUCUAUGUAUUUUGUAUGUAUAAUUUUAUACAAUUAAAAAUAGAUUUUUGUCUAGUGA